AUGGUCCGUCUGCCACUCAAACUCCAGCAGUCCAUCCUCAGACCAUCUGUGUUCCAUCAGCCAAUCAUCUUCCUCGGAGCGGACGUCACUCAUCCUCCAGCCGGAGAUGGGAAGAAGCCAUCGAUCGCUGCGGUGGUCGGCAGCAUGGACGCCCACCCCAGCAGAUACUGCGCUACCGUCCGGGUCCAGAAGCCCAGGCAGGAGGUCAUCCAGGACCUGGCUUCCAUGGUGAGAGAGCUCCUGAUCCAGUUCUACAAGUCGACGCGGUACAAGCCGACCAGGAUCAUCUUCUACAGAGACGGAGUGUCAGAGGGGCAGUUCAGACAGGUUCUGCACUACGAGCUGUUGGCCAUCAGGGAGGCGUGCAUCAGUCUGGAGAAGGAGUACCAGCCAGGGAUCACCUUCAUCGUGGUCCAGAAGCGCCAUCACACACGGCUCUUCUGUGCAGAUCGCAGCGAGCGGGUUGGACGAAGUGGGAACAUUCCGGCAGGAACCACUGUGGACACGGACAUCACUCAUCCGUAUGAGUUUGACUUCUACCUGUGCAGCCACGCUGGAAUCCAGGGCACCAGUCGGCCGUCCCACUACCACGUCCUCUGGGACGAUAACUGUUUCACUGCAGACGAGUUCCAGCUCCUCACCUACCAGCUGUGCCACACCUACGUCCGCUGCACGCGCUCAGUCUCCAUCCCAGCUCCGGCCUACUACGCCCACCUGGUGGCCUUCCGCGCUCGCUACCACCUGGUGGACAAAGAGCACGACAGCGCUGAGGGCAGCCACAUCUCAGGGCAGAGUAACGGCAGGGACCCCCAGGCGCUGGCCAAGGCCGUGCAGAUCCACCAUGACACCCUGAGGACCAUGUACUUCGCCUGAAUGCCCAUGGAGCUCCAGAGGCGAUCAGUGAUGAAGCCUGCUACUCCCUCCUGAUUGUCUUUAACUCUCUGGGUUUAUGUGCUGUGAAGAAAGCAGCCUGUUAGAACCUGUAGACGAAGCGGUCCUGAUCCAACUGCUGAGCAGCCUUAUGUGGGUGGGAGGUGAAAACUCUGCCAACAACAACCUGAUGAAGCGUUUGGAACCAGUGAUCCAGGCGUGAGAUGAGGACCGUUUGGGUUUUACUGCUCCUGAUAUUUAUGGAUCUUUUCUCUUUUUAACUUAAAUUCUCCUGAUUUCAGAUCCUUGUUUUAGUUUAGAACCGGUUCUGAUGUGCAAUAAGGUUUACUGAAACGGUUUUCAACUCCGCCUUCUAAUGGGUCGUCUUUUUCAAAGUGCCUGAUUGGGUUAAAAUCAGCUGGUACGAAGGGAACCUUUUAAUUGGACGGGUUCUUCCCAACAGGGUUCUGCUCAUUAGUCACAAACUAACAGCUUUAGAUUUAAGAAACCAAACUUGUUUUCCUGCCAGGCGAAACGUAGUGGGGUCUGUUGGUGUCAGAGAAGCAAGUCUGUUGGUGCUGGGUUGGAAAAUGUCUUCAAACUGGACUUUCUGACGGAAACCGUCUCUGUGGUUCGGACAUAAGCAGCGCCUCGUUAUGCAAUAACGAUCAGAUGUUUGGGUUUUCUGCUGCAGUGCCGCUGAGCCUCUUCUCUUUAAUCCAAACGAAGCUGUCGGAGCUUCAUCACUCGGACCAAACCUACGUGCCUGCUCGCUCGCAGCUUCGUGCCGAUUGGCUCGCCACGUCCAGCUGCUGUAAGAAUCAGAUCACACGUGUUCUGGCUCUGAACGUUUCUGGUGCUUCAUCAGAUGCUCUUUUAGGUUCUAAACCAUGAAACCAUCAGAACCGCUUGUUCGCGUCUGCAUCUAACGUGUUCAACAUGUUCGAUUGUAUUUGAAGGUUGGGACUGAGAAUGGACCUCCAGAACCUUUAGGCAGGACAUUCUCUCACAGAUGCCUUUAAGCUCCUCAAAUUGAAGCAUUUUGAGGUCCGCAUGAAGACAUAUUUAUAAUUAUAGAUUUGAACCAAAUGCACGUUUAGCCACUUUUUAUCUGAAAGAACCUAUUUAAGAACAGAAUUUAGGGAUAAUAAUCAGAUUCUGAGAUCAAGUUUGAAAAAUCCUUGAUUUUUGUUUUGUUUCGGGUCAGGUUCUGUUUAAAAAAUGUUCCGCCAUGACUUCCACUCUGACCUUUUAGUUCUGGAGUUAAACCUGGACCUAACUGAACCUGACUGGACGGUGAUGACUCCUUCACAAAUGAAAUGGUGGAUGGUUUGAUUCUGGGACUAAAGUGGGUUUUACAAAGCAAUUCUACAACGUUCUGGUGCCGUUUCUUGACUUUUACUCCAAAUGGAGUUUUUUGGUUUUGUUUUUAGUUUAGUUUCUGUUUCAGAACCUGCAGCAGUUUAUCUGAAACGCCAUAACUGUGAUUGGACAGUUUGAACCACCACCGUCCAAUCAGGUUCAGGUAUGAAAGAACGGCUCAAAUGAAAACUUUUAACUCUAAAUUCAUGAAUUUUGAACUUUUAACGGAAAGAUUUAGGUUCGUGCAUCUCUUUCAUAAAUAGAUUUUAUUUUCAGAAACUGGCUUUUGCUUUUAAAUAAUUGAAUUUUGAGCCAAUUUUCUUUCAGUAAAGGGACAAGUAGAGAUAAAACAAAUUGUAAAAGUUUUGCUUUUAAAUACGUGAAAAAUGAAAUCCCUGGAAAACAGAAAUGAAACAAUCGAGCCGGGGGUGUUCUUCUAGGUAGCUCCAGGUUGGGUCCAGGUGUCUCCAGCACAUUUCAUGCCAGUUUUCACAGAUUAAUGCAGAGUUUUCUGUGGAUGACGUGGCUGGUUUUUCCACCUCAGAACCAGAAGAAUCCAACCCGGUGGAUCUUUGCCAGAACGGCGACAUCUAGCGGAACAACAGAUAAUAAACAGCAUUUUAUUCUUUGCUAUAAAUUUUAUUUAGUUAUUCCUUCUAACUUUGAGUGUGAAAAUAAAAAGCAGCUCAUAUUUAAUUUAUUUUAUAUUUAAAAAAUAAACAAAAUGUUUUGGUUUUUUUUGCUCAUUUUUGAAAACGAAUCCAAAUUAUUCGCUGAUCCGUUUUCUGCUGAUGUUCCAUAUUUGUUCAUUUAUCUUGUAAAACUUUAAAAGAGGUUCUUAUUAAAAGUCGAAAUGUAUGUUACUGCGGCACAGAUCAAGGUUUAAACUCCAGGUUCUGACUUAGUGAGUGACCCUUUGGACUCCAGAACAGAACCAGACAUCAUCUUCCAAACAGGAUUCUGCUGCAGGUUCAACAACAUGAUGGAUCCGAUUCUUCUUGUUCUGCCUCAGAGCUGUUUUUAUUAGAGAGGGAAGGUUCUGAAGUGUCCCUUUGGACCCAUGUGACCGUUACAGACUGUGCCUUUGCUGAUGGUGCUGAUGAAGUUCUGGCCUACAUUAAUAUGUGCAGAUCUGUGACCCCGCUGUCAUGUGUUGUAAUAUUUGUGUAAUGCCAAGUAAAUAAAAUAUGCAGAACUUGAACUUUCGGAACGGACCGGGCCAAAAAGCCCGUGAGUGAUCAUGGAAACUCUGGAGCACGACCGGAAUCCAAACACCACUGUUGGUACCGAGUGUGUCAGUGUGGAUGUGAUGAAGCGUAUUCAUUUCAGUCUCCAUGUGUGGGCUGCAGCGCCCCCUUCUGUCAGUUCCUCCUUUAUGUUUUCAAACAACAGCAAUAACGGGUCGGAACUCUGCAGUGGGUCUGUCGGACUCUGGAAACACGAAGGAAGAAAUCUCUGCAGGUUGCACUUAAAAACUAGCGUUGAAUCCUGAUACUGUAAGAAAACUGUUUUCUCUCUUAUUUGGAGCCUUUUUGUCGUAUUUAAUUUUUUGAGUAAAGACAUUGAAACAAGUUGA